AAAUUUCCAGAAAAAUAAACAAAUUUUUUUUUUCUCGCAGCUACUUGACAGCCACCCAGACCAAACUGUACCCAUCUUGGAGCUUUCCCUCUUUCUUCAAGAGAUUAAUCUCUUUCUCUACGCAUAUUUUUAAAUAUUUUUAUUGUGUUUAAGAAGCCGUGGAAUUUCGUUUUCUUUGUGAUGUGUUACGAACUUCCGGUUUGCAAGAAAUGUAUUGCUUGUAACUACUCUGUCUAGUGACAUUUCAACUAUAAAUCUCUAUUUUUCUACCCAAUUUGUUUUCGUUAAGUAUGAGUUUCAUAUUCAUUUCUUAGUGGUUGAGAUUUAUAAUAAGGUUCUUGAUCUUGGAUUUGUGGGGUACCUGCAAAAUGAGGAAUUGGAGAUGCGUUUUUUCUAUGGUUGUUUAUUUCGCAUUUUGUUUUAGUAUUGAAGCUUACAAGUUUCAGAGAACUCAACAAACGGAGAGAAUCUCAGGUAGUGCUGGCGAUGUCUUAGAAGAUGAUCCAGUUGGAAGGUUAAAAGUUUUCGUAUAUGAGCUUCCCAGCAAAUACAACAAAAAAAUUCUGCAAAAGGACCCACGAUGCCUCACUCAUAUGUUUGCUGCUGAGAUUUACAUGCAUCGCUUCCUUUUAUCUAGCCCCGUCAGAACGCUUAAUCCCGAGGAAGCAGAUUGGUUCUAUACACCUGUGUAUACAACUUGUGACCUGACACCAAAUGGUCUCCCUUUACCAUUCAAAUCACCUCGUAUGAUGAGGAGUGCUAUACAGCUUAUUUCUUCCAAUUGGCCUUACUGGAAUAGAACUGAAGGGGCUGAUCACUUCUUCAUUGUGCCUCACGAUUUUGGUGCAUGCUUUCACUAUCAAGAAGAAAAAGCCAUUGAAAGAGGAAUUCUUACCCUGCUCCAGCGUGCUACCUUGGUUCAAACUUUUGGACAACGUAACCAUUUUUGCUUAAAGGAUGGCUCCAUUACAAUUCCUCCAUAUGCUCCUCCGCAGAAAAUGCAAUCCCAUUUAAUCCCGCCUAGCACUCCUCGGUCCAUCUUUGUUUACUUCCGUGGUUUGUUUUAUGACGUGGGAAACGACCCAGAAGGUGGCUAUUACGCAAGGGGUGCACGAGCUUCGGUAUGGGAGAACUUUAAGAACAAUCCUCUAUUUGACAUCUCAACAGAGCACCCAAGUACCUACUAUGAAGACAUGCAAAGAGCUGUUUUUUGUUUGUGUCCACUUGGAUGGGCUCCAUGGAGUCCAAGAUUGGUAGAAGCUGUCAUUUUUGGUUGCAUUCCGGUUAUCAUAGCAGACGAUAUUGUGUUGCCAUUUGCUGAUGCAAUUCCAUGGGAAGAUAUAGGGGUGUUUGUACCUGAGAAGGAUGUUCCUAAGUUGGAUACGAUUCUCACUUCAAUUCCGAUUGACGAAAUAUUGAGGAAGCAGAGAUUACUUGGCAACCCUUCGAUGAAGCAGGCAAUGUUAUUCCCGCAACCUGUGCAGCCGAGGGACGCUUUUCAUCAGAUUCUGAACGGACUUGCUCGUAAGUUGCCACAUGAUAAGAGUGUGUAUCUGAAACCGGGUGAGACGAUCCUUAACUGGACAGCUGGUCCAGUUGGUGACCUCAAACCUUGGUAGGGGGGUGAUUUUUGAGAUGUUUGAUCUUGCUGCUGGCUCGGUCCUGAGCUCAUGCUGAAUUGGAAGUGUUGAUCGAGAAGGAUUAGUUCAUGUAUAUAGUUCAAGGGGACAGGUGAUUUGAAACCUGAUCGACAUCUGAUGUGUGAUUUUGACUUGCAUAUUUCUAUCCUUUUGCUGAUAUUGGGUUUGUUAUAGUGAAGAAAAUGAUCUUCGUUUAUUUGUAAUUUGCAAACUGUGAAAAGAGAGUUCAAAUUAUCAUGCUAUUCUGCCAUUAGUGUUUAUUUC